UGCGGGAACGGGAAUUGUCUCGAUUAUUAUUGUUCUAAAGUGCAGUAAUGGAUGGAAUAUUAGCUAAAGUGCCCGGGCGAGAUAGCCAGAUUAAUGAAUUGAUUGAAUUACUCGGCGAAGAUGACGAACCCUUGCCGGUUUCGUUGUUUAUCAGCGGAAGCAUGGCGACCGGCAAAAGUUUGUGUGUGACGACUGUGCUUCAACAUUUAAGACUUAAAUUUGUUGUAAUUGAUUGCAUAGAGUGCUACUCCCCGAGGAUAAUUUUCGAGGCGAUAUUAACGGAACUGGAUGAAGACGAAUUAUUGGAGGUUAAAUGUGAUUCGCUAUCUGAAUUUAUAAACGUUUUCAAAACACUGACAUCAGAGAAAUUCCAAAGCAAACCUAUUGUUUUAGUAUUCGAUAGAGCAGAGAGACUGCGUUGCAUGGAUAGUAACAUCAUCAGUACAUUUUUAAGACUACGAGAGUUCUGCACUGUGAAUGUUUGUACUAUUUUUAUAUCUCACCUAGUUUAUGAUAACUUUUACUUUAAAAUGGGCGUGCGUGAGCCGAUAAAAAUCUUUUUUCCGAACUACAAUAAAGAGGAUUUGUUUAAAAUCGUAUUCCUAAGCCACAAAGUGUAUUUACAACAUGUAUUAAAUAUUUAUCAAGUUGAUGAUGAUCUAGUAGAUGUAUUGAGCAAACCGGAGUUGUUUGCCAAUUUUCUGAAUGCAUUCUUGAGUGUGUUCUACAGACCCUGUCGGGAUCUAAUUGAGCUAAGGUACAUGGCAAAAACAAAUUUCAUUAAAUAUUGUGAGCCAAUAAUAAAACAUGAAAUCAAACCCACAGACUUGGCCAAACUGUGGCGCCAUAUCGCCCCCAUACUUAAAUCCAACUUGGAGCUUUUGUAUCUUAGAAUAAACAACACAAAGAGUCUGACACAAUCGCCGGGAAAAGAAAAUAGUGAUGUUGAAUGUCACAGUCACAAUUAUGAGAAAACCCUAAAAGAGGAAUUGAUGUCCACUAAAACAUUUGCACAGAGUUUUGAGUUGCCAUAUUAUGCUAAGUUUCUUCUGGUCGCUGCUUACCUGGCGAGCUAUAACCCACCAAAAGAAGACAAGAGACUGUUUAUGAAGAACCACGGCAAGCAACGCAAGAGACUUCAACAGACUAAAGCGAAGGCAAAAAUCAAUGAGAAGCUAAACACGCAGCUUGGGCCAAAAGUGUUCACUUUGGAUAGGUUGCUAGCGAUAUUCUAUGCUAUUCUAGAAGAGAGAAUAGGUUUAACGAGCAAUUUACUGGCUCAGAUAGCGACUUUAGUGGAGUUAAAGCUCAUAGCCGGCACCAAGGAGGUUGAUUUAGAUUCAGCUAAAUAUAAGUGCAUUGUUGGAUAUGACUUUAUAUCUGCUGUAGCCCAGACCAUCGGCUUCAAUGUUAAAAAGUACCUGUAUGAUUUUAUCUAGUUCAAAGAACUAUCAAGUGAUUGUGUAGAGAUUGGUGAACAUUCUUAAGUGAUAAACUAAAUCACAAUUUAAAAAGGCAUUGCUCAGUAAAACUCGUUUGCAGUUUUAGUAAAGUAAGUCAAAAGUAUUUUUCUACUACUGUCUAAGUUGUAAGCU